AUGGGCGGGACGAGGAAUGGGGGUAGCAAACAGUCGGGCCGUGUCGUACAGCUGUGCGGUAUGCGAGUACGUGUUGGGGAGAGUGAAUUGUGGCAAAGAUGGGGUCCAAUUUACAUAAUUCACAUGAGCCUGCCGCCGCGAAAACAGAUUAAACUUGCAUACCUACCGCCCCCCUCCGCCUCCUUCCCCGCCGCCUUCCCCGCAACAGCGGCGCAAUCGGAACUCGCCUGA